AUGAAUGAAUGUGCGUCGAACCCGUGUCAGCAUGGAGGUGUCUGUACGGAUCACGUGAACGGAUACGUGUGUUCGUGUAGCACAGGCUAUACUGGCGAGCAGUGUCAGACGAAUAUCGAUGAUUGCGCACCAAAUCCGUGUAUGAACGGUGGUACUUGCAUCGAUGGCAUCAACUCCUAUAUCUGCCACUGUGCUCUGCCAUACGACGGGGACAGGUGUCAGUACGAAUAUCAUCUUCUGCUUGUGGGGGCUAACUUUUGGUUUUUCAGGCUAAAUCCAUGCCGCACAAGUCGCUGUGAAAAUGGAGCAACCUGUAAGCCGACAGCAAAUUACAAGAAUUAUACAUGCAUAUGUGCACAAGGCUUCAACGGAUUUUACUGCGAUACUGACAUAGAUGAAUGCUCGACUGAUGGUAAUUCAUGUCUAAAUGGUGGCAUCUGUACCAACACUUUUGGCUCAUAUCAGUGCCGUUGUCCGGAUGGAUACACUGGUAGAAACUGUGAAAAUGACCACGACGACUGCUUGCCAAGUAAAGGCUUCAAAAUUUCCUUUAGGCGGCUCAGGGUAAAAGUUUCAGAUCCAUGCUUGAAUGGAGGUCAUUGCGUAGACGAAUUAAAUGGCUAUCACUGUGAAUGUUUGGCUGGUUUCACGGGCCGUCAAUGCGCAACGAAUAUCGAUGAAUGU